GUGCUGGAAAACUACUCUGAUGCUCCUAUGACCCCAAAACAGAUUCUACAGGUCAUUGAGGCUGAAGGACUAAAGGAAAUGAGAAGCGGCACCUCUCCCCUGGCCUGCCUCAACGCCAUGCUCCAUUCCAACUCCCGGGGAGGUGAUGGGCUCUUCUACAAGCUGCCUGGACGCAUCAGCCUGUUCACCCUCAAGAAGGAUGCCUUGCAGUGGUCUCGGAAUCUGUCUGUGCCAGAAGGGGAGGAACUGGAGGAUACAGCAGAUGCAGAAAGUUGUGAGUCCAAUGAAGCAAGCACUGUGAGUGGUGACAAUGACGUGUCUCUUGAUGAAACCUCCUCUAAUGCCUCAUGUUCCACUGAAUCUCAGAGCAAGGGACCCGCUACAACCAGGGAGAGCCACCGAACCACAUCCCAGACAACCAAGCAAAAGAAAAAGACUGGUGUAAUGCUGCCACGUGUUGUCUUAACACCACUGAAAGUAAACGGGGCACACAUGGAGUCUGCCUCCGGCUUCACAGGAAGGCACGCUGACGGGGAGAGCAGCAGCACAUCCAGCAGCAGCAGCAGCUCUCUGGCCCUGUGCAAAGCCACCUUGCGCAGUAGAACAGAAAUAAACAGGGACCCUCCGCAGCUUCUGAGGGGCAUCCGAAAGCCCACAGCUGGGCAAAUGAAACGCAACAGGGGAGAGGAUAUUGACUUUGAAACACCUGGCUCCAUUCUUGUCAACACAAACCUGCGAGCUCUGAUAAACUCCAGAACCUUCAAUGCGCUCCCAUCGCACUUCCAGCAGCAGCUUCUCUACCUCCUUCCAGAAGUUGACAGACAGGUUGGGGCUGACGGGCUGAUGCGGCUCAGCGGCAGCGCGCUCAAUAACGAGUUCUUCACCCACGCGGCGCAGAGCUGGAGGGAGCGCCUGGCUGAUGGUGAAUUCACCCAUGAAAUGCAAGUUCGAAUUCGGCAGGAAAUGGAAAAGGAGAAGAGAGUGGAGCAAUGGAAAGAGAAGUUCUUUGAGGACUACUAUGGACAAAAGUUGGGCUUGACGCAGGAAGAAUCCCAGGAGCAGAGUUUGGUGCAGGAAGAUGCUGAGAACAGGACAGGGCUGUCUGCUAAAGGGGAGGCGCGGGUGCCGCGCGGGCCUGCGACGCGGCAGAGGGACGGGCACUUCAGGAAGCGCUCCCGGGCUGACCUGCGGUGCCGAGCCAGGAGGAGCCUCUACAAGCUGCGGGAGCCGGAGCAAGUGGAGGCUUCCAAAGAGACUGCUGCUGUGGGACAGGAACCCUCAGUCCAGAAAGAGACAAAGCCUGAGACAGACCUGAAGAAAGAUGACGAGACGAGCCCUUCGCCUGCAGCGCUGAAGCCAGAGAGCUCAGAACUGCCCCUCUCUCCAGAGACUUCCAAAUUACACAGUAAAUCGGAAGAUCCGUCGUUGGCGGCUGCAAACAGAAUUCCCAGCUUGCCCCAGGAGAACUCUGCUCGGGAGCCCAAGGACCAGAAGAGGAAAUGCUUUGAGGAGGCUGCCUCCGCGUCCUUCCCCGAAAAGAAGCCCCGGCUUGAAGAUCGUCAGUCCUUUCGUAACACAAUUGAAAGUGUUCACCCAGAAAAGCCACAGCCUACUAAAGAGGAGCCAAAGGUCCCACCCAUCCGGAUUCAACUUUCACGUAUUAAACCACCCUGGGUGGUUAAAGGUCAGCCCACUUACCAGAUAUGCCCCCGGAUC